AUGGAGAGAUCAAGAGCUGUUCUCAUCGCUCUCGUCUGUGUUUUGUUCUCCAGGGUCUCUGGAGCAGAAGUGGAGAUGAGGGUCAGGCCAGGAGACAAUGUCACUCUCUACUGCGACUGUGUUUGGAAGUUAGGAUUUAAUCCAGUUUGGUUUAGAAACUCCUCAUGUCAGCAUGAAGCUCCUCUCGUGAUAUCUUUUCUCACGCAUGGUGAUCCUCAACAUUACACAUUUGUGUGGAAUCCCUCCGAACAAACUCAUGAUCUGCUGGUGAAGAACGUCUCUGAGUCAGAUCUGGGUCUGUACUACUGCGCUGUACAGGAGAAGAAGGUCACCAAAGAUGAAGCUGGAGUUAUACGCGAACAGGAUGUUUAUCAUUAUGGAAACAGAACCACUCGCCUCUCCCUCCUUGUCCCUUGUACCGCCGACAUUCCUCAGACCACCUCCACCCCUCCUUCAUCAGACUGUAGCGUCUGCUGGAAGCUGCUGGUCAGCAUGUGUCCUGUGUUUGUUCUCCUCUCCUCCACCUGUGUGUGCUGCAUCUGCAGAAACAGAUUCAAAGCAGCUGGUCAGGAACGGAGGAACAAAACGCCGAGUCGGAAGAGCAGAAAAACUGAAGAGGUUGAAGCAGAUGAGGUCUGCUAUGCCUCAUUGGACAUCCUGAGCAGAGGACAGAAGCGCCUGAUGAAGAAGAGAGUGGAGAGCUCAGAUUUCAGUACAUAUUCUGAGGUUAAAACUGAGAAAAUGUAAAAGAAAAUAGAAUCAGAUUCAGAAGGCAAAUGAAGUUGAAUGGGUUUAUAUCAGGGCACUGUUGUUCUACAGUGCUAUAAUUAUUGCCAUUCCAAGAGACGGUUGUCUGUUAAUUGAGGAAAACCGGAACACUUUCGUGUGACUGAUUUGGUUCACAUGUGAAAAAACUUGAAGAACAAAUUUCCUUGUAUCAAAAUGAAUACGGUAUUUAUUGGAAUGUGCCUUUAUUUAUGCAAAGAGGACAAGAAUGCACAUUUCACUUAAAGUACACUUUUCAGUUUUCAGCAAUUUUGGUUCGUUUCUUUGAGCUCGCAGUAACUGUGUAUGUCCAUCCAUCCAUCCAUCCAUCCAUCCAUUU